CAUCUUUCAUUUCUUACUACUGUUCUGAUCAUCAUAUCACAUAGGCAGAGCAAAUGGCUUAUGCUGCUGUAACUUCGCUUAUGGGAACUCUUUCUCAGCAUUUCUUGCAACCACAACCACGCUUGCCUCUUCAAUACAAACAACAAAUACUUUCUCUCCAUGAAAAUCUUGGUUUUCUCCAAGAAAUUCUUGAGAAAUCUGAGAUCCCCACCUAUAAUAAUUCGGUGAUGAAAGGUUUAGAGGCAGAGAUGAGAGAUGUAGCGUUCAAAGCUGAAGAAAGGAUUGAGAUGGAGUUGAGUACCAUUUAUCUAGCAAAGGGUUGGACGAAGCGUCUUCGUAUAAAGGCUUGCCUCCUCAAGCUUCAUGGAAUCUUCAUUCAAGCUGUAAUACAGACUGAUUACCUCAAAAAGAAGUUUAUUAAAACUGAAAAGAAGCUUGCAAAGGGUCCAUCACAAGCUGGUCAGAGGAUGCGACAAAGAGGACUACUCCUUGGUUCAACAUCAUCACAGCCUGAUCCAGAACGAGAGAACAUUACUGUGAGUAAAUUUUCCAAAAACGCUUCAAUAAAGUUUGACAGUGGAAUGGUCGGAUGCGACGAAGAGUUCAAGACGAUAAUGGAUCAGCUCACCCGACAAUAUGCACAACGGCUACAAGUUGUAUCAGUUGUAGGCAUGGGAGGAAUUGGCAAGACCACUUUAACUCGAAAAGUCUAUGAAGAUCCAUCAAUUAUUUCUCAUUUUGACAAACGAGCAUGGGUUACCAUAUCUCAAGAGUAUAAUGUGGAACAAAUGCUCCAAUGCCUUAUUGGUUGUGUUAAUGCAGCAUCAAAUGAUGUACUCCAUGAACAAAGAAAUGACAGCUUAGCAGAAAGUCUGAGGAAAAGCUUGAAGGAUCAGAGAUAUUUGAUAGUGAUAGAUGACAUAUGGAGCAAAGAAGCUUGGGAUAGGGUGCAAAGAUGCUUUCCAGAUGAUAAUAUUGGAAGCCGUAUACUAUUGACUUCUCGGCUCAGAGAGGUGGCUGAAUAUGCAGGUUCAGGUAACUCUACCAUUAACAUGCCUUUCUUAAAUGCCGAUAAAAGUUGGAAUCUCUUCUGCAACAUGUUUGGUCAAACCGAAUUUAUUUCAGAGUUUGAGCAAAUUGGUAGAGACAUAGUGAAGAAAUGUAAUGGAUUACCUCUAGCUAUUAAUGUAAUAGCUAGUCUUCUCUCUAAGACAGAGGCUGCAGUGCAGAAGUGGAAUAAUGUUGCAGAAAAUGUGAGUAGAUAUGUAAUUGGUGAUUCUAGUGAUGCAUGUUCCAGAAUACUUUAUUUGAGUUACAACCAAUUACCACACCACCUAAAAGCUUGUUUUCUAUAUUUUGGAGUUUUUCCGGAAGACUACGAGAUCCAUGUGAAGAAGUUGGUUAGGUUGUGGGCGGGAGAGGGAUUUUUUAGGUCAGUGGACCAUCAAAAUAUGGAGGAAGUGGCCAUGGAAUGCUUGCAAGAUCUUGUUGAUAGAAGUCUUGUUUUUGUUAGCAAACAAAGCUAUAAUGGGAAAAUGAAGACAGUAAGAAUACAUGACUUGUUGCGGGAUUUGUGUUUGAGAGAAGCUCAAAAUGAAAAUCUCUUUGAUAUCAUUAGAGAUGGAAAACAUCUAUUUUUCGAGAAGAAAAUAUCUAGUCGUUGGAUAAGAGUAGAAUCAGAGGCUGAUUAUCGACUUUCUUCGUCAAAGUGCUUUCACACAUCACAUUCCUUUCACUCUCCCUACCCUUGUGAUCCUGUACGUCUGCAUCCUCUAAUUUCGGACUUCAAACUACUAAGAGUGAUAGACAUAGUCCAAAUAUUUUGA